GCGGCGAACACCUCGGAGAGGAAGCUGCUGCUGUGAGCCCCCGCGACCAGUUGAUUAUAACGUAUAUACACAAGGCAUCACCGCAACCAUGCACGGGCCGCCCACCGGGGACAGCGCGUGCCCGUUACGAAUAAUCAAACGGGUCCAGUUCGGUGUUCUGGGCCCAGAUGAGCUGAAAAGGAUGUCCGUCACCGAGGGCGGCAUUAAGUAUCCGGAGACGAUGGAGGGCGGACGCCCCAAACUCGGCGGGCUGAUGGAUCCUCGGCAGGGGGUCGUGGAAAGGACGGGACGCUGUCAGACAUGUGCCGGUAACAUGACUGAGUGUCCCGGGCACUUCGGGCACAUCGAGCUGGCCAAGCCCGUCUUCCACGUGGGCUUCUUGGUGAAGACCAUGAAGGUUUUACGGUGCGUCUGCUUCUUCUGCUCCAAGCUCCUCGUGGAUGCGAACAACCCGAAGAUCAAGGAUAUCCUGACAAAGUCUAAGGGGCAGCCGAAGAAGCGUCUGACCCACGUGUAUGAGCUGUGCAAGGGCAAGAACAUCUGCGAAGGCGGGGAAGAGAUGGACAACAAGUUCGGCGUGGAGCAGAACGAGGGGGAUGAAGACAUCCAGAAGGAGAAGGGACACGGUGGCUGCGGCCGCUACCAGCCGCGCAUCAGACGCUCCGGCCUGGAGCUGUACGCCGAGUGGAAGCACGUCAACGAGGACUCGCAGGAGAAGAAGAUCCUGCUCAGCCCCGAGCGGGUGCACGAGAUCUUAAAGCGGAUCACGGACGAGGAGUGCUUCAUCCUGGGCAUGGAGCCUCGCUACGCCCGUCCGGAGUGGCUCAUCGUGACCGUCCUGCCGGUCCCCCCUCUGUGCGUGCGCCCGGCGGUCGUUAUGCAAGGAUCGGCCAGGAACCAGGACGACUUGACGCAUAAACUGUCCGACAUCGUGAAGAUUAACAACCAGCUGAGACGCAACGAGCAGAACGGAGCGGCGGCUCACGUGAUCGCGGAGGACGUCAAGCUUCUGCAGUUCCACGUGGCCACCAUGGUGGACAACGAGCUUCCCGGACUCCCGCGGGCCAUGCAGAAGUCUGGGCGACCCUUGAAGUCUUUGAAGCAAAGAUUGAAGGGGAAGGAAGGCCGAGUGCGAGGAAACCUUAUGGGGAAGAGAGUGGACUUCUCCGCCCGGACGGUCAUCACCCCGGACCCCAACCUCUCCAUCGACCAGGUCGGGGUCCCGCGAUCCAUCGCUGCCAACAUGACCUUCCCAGAGAUCGUCACCCCCUUCAACAUCGACAGGCUGCAGGAGUUGGUGCGCAGAGGGAACAGUCAGUACCCGGGGGCCAAGUACAUCAUCCGAGAUAACGGCGACCGCAUCGACCUCCGCUUUCACCCCAAACCCAGCGACCUCCACCUGCAGAUAGGGUAUAAGGUGGAAAGGCACUUGUGUGACGGGGACAUCGUCAUCUUCAACCGACAGCCCACGUUGCACAAAAUGUCUAUGAUGGGUCACAGGGUGCGGAUUCUGCCGUGGUCCACCUUCCGACUUAACCUCAGCGUCACCACUCCGUACAACGCCGACUUUGACGGCGACGAGAUGAAUCUUCACCUUCCUCAGUCGCUGGAGACCAGGGCCGAGAUCCAAGAGCUGGCUAUGGUGCCGCGCAUGAUCGUGACACCUCAGUCGAACCGGCCCGUCAUGGGUAUUGUGCAAGACACCCUGACCGCGGUGCGCAAGUUCACCAAGCGCGACGUCUUCAUGGAAAGGGGUGAAGUUAUGAACCUGCUCAUGUUCCUGUCCACGUGGGAUGGGAAGGUCCCUCAGCCGGCCAUUCUCAAGCCGCGGCCCCUCUGGACCGGAAAGCAGAUCUUCUCUCUAAUUAUUCCGGGUCAUAUUAAUGCCGUCCGAACCCACAGUACGCAUCCCGACGACGAAGACAGCGGGCCGUACAAACACAUCUCACCCGGAGACACAAAGGUGAUCGUGGAGAACGGGGAGCUGAUCAUGGGGAUUCUGUGCAAGAAGUCGCUGGGAACGUCGGCCGGCUCGCUGGUCCACAUAUCGUACUUGGAGAUGGGGCACGACACCACUCGUCUGUUCUACUCCAACAUUCAGACCGUCAUCAACACCUGGCUGCUCAUCGAGGGUCACACCAUCGGUAUUGGAGACUCCAUCGCUGACGCCAAAACCUAUCAGGACAUCCAGAACACCAUCAAGAAGGCCAAGCAGGAUGUGAUAGAGGUCAUCGAGAAGGCUCACAACAACGAGCUGGAGCCCACUCCCGGAAACACCCUCCGACAGACCUUCGAGAACCAGGUGAACAGGAUCCUGAACGAUGCCAGAGACAAGACUGGCUCCUCCGCCCAGAAAUCCCUGUCCGAGUACAACAACUUCAAAUCCAUGGUGGUGUCUGGAGCCAAAGGCUCAAAGAUCAACAUCUCGCAGGUCAUCGCUGUGGUCGGGCAGCAGAACGUGGAGGGUAAGCGAAUUCCGUUCGGAUUCAAGCACCGAACCCUUCCUCACUUCAUCAAAGACGACUACGGUCCGGAAAGCAGAGGCUUCGUGGAGAACUCGUACCUCGCCGGCCUCACGCCCACAGAGUUCUUCUUCCACGCCAUGGGCGGAAGAGAAGGUCUGAUUGAUACAGCUGUGAAAACCGCCGAAACAGGCUACAUCCAGAGACGUUUGAUCAAGUCUAUGGAGUCUGUCAUGGUGAAGUACGACGCCACCGUCCGAAACUCCAUAAACCAGGUGGUGCAGCUGAGAUACGGCGAAGACGGCCUGGCCGGCGAAGGCGUGGAGUUCCAGAACUUGGCCACCCUGAAGCCCUCCAACAAGGCCUUCGAGAAGAAGUUUAAGUUCGAUUACACCAACGAGCGCGCCAUGCGGCGGACCCUGCAGGAGGAGGUGGUGAAAGAUGUCCUCAGUAAUGCCCACAUCCAGAACGAGCUGGAGAAGGAGUUUGAGAAGAUGAGAGAGGACAGAGAGGUGCUGAGGGUGAUCUUCCCCACCGGCGACAGCAAGGUCGUCCUUCCGUGUAAUCUUCUGAGGAUGAUCUGGAACGCGCAGAAGAUCUUCCACAUUAAUACCCGGAUGCCAACGGAUCUUCACCCUCUUAAAGUGUUGGAUGGUGUCAAAGACCUCAGCAAGAAACUGGUGAUCGUGAACGGGGACGAUCCACUAAGUCGGCAAGCGCAGGAGAACGCCACCCUCCUCUUCAACAUCCAUCUGCGCUCGACGCUGUGCAGCAGGCGCAUGGUGGAGGAGUUCAGGCUCAGCGGGGAGGCCUUCGAUUGGCUUCUCGGGGAGAUUGAGUCCAAAUUCAACCAAGCCGUGGCCCAUCCCGGUGAGAUGGUGGGAGCUCUGGCGGCUCAGUCUCUGGGGGAGCCGGCCACUCAGAUGACUCUGAACACUUUCCACUACGCCGGCGUGUCGGCUAAGAAUGUCACCCUGGGGGUGCCACGUCUGAAGGAGCUGAUCAACAUCUCGAAAAAGCCAAAGACACCUUCGCUGACCGUGUUCCUGCUGGGACAGUCCGCCCGCGAUGCCGAGCGCGCCAAGGACAUCCUGUGCCGCUUGGAGCACACGACCCUGCGCAAGGUGACCGCCAACACCGCCAUCUACUACGACCCCAACCCUCAAAACACCGUGGUGGCCGAAGACCAGGAGUGGGUGAACGUCUACUACGAGAUGCCGGACUUCGACGUGACCCGCAUCUCUCCCUGGCUGCUGCGCGUGGAGCUGGACCGGAAACACAUGACCGACAGAAAACUGACCAUGGAGCAGAUCGCCGAGAAGAUCAACGCAGGUUUUGGCGAUGAUCUGAACUGCAUCUUUAACGACGACAACGCCGAGAAACUGGUUCUCAGAAUCCGCAUAAUGAACAGCGAGGAGAACAAAAUGCAGGACGAGGAAGAGGUUGUGGAUAAGAUGGAUGACGACGUUUUCUUGCGCUGUAUCGAGUCCAAUAUGUUGACGGACAUGACUCUACAGGGUAUUGAACAGAUUAGCAAGGUGUAUAUGCACCUGCCUCAGACCGACAACAAGAAGAAAAUCAUCAUCACGGAAGACGGAGAGUUCAAAGCUCUGCAGGAGUGGAUUCUGGAGACGGACGGCGUCAGUUUAAUGCGCGUGCUCAGCGAGAAAGACGUGGAUCCUGUGCGCACUACUUCCAACGACAUCGUGGAGAUAUUCACGGUCCUGGGCAUCGAAGCGGUGAGGAAAGCUCUGGAGAGAGAGCUGUACCACGUCAUCUCAUUCGACGGUUCCUAUGUGAACUAUCGGCACUUGGCGCUUCUGUGCGACACCAUGACCUGUAGGGGCCAUCUCAUGGCCAUCACCCGUCACGGAGUCAACAGGCAGGACACUGGGCCGCUCAUGAAGUGUUCCUUUGAGGAGACUGUCGACGUUCUCAUGGAAGCGGCGGCUCAUGGAGAGACUGACCCCAUGAAGGGGGUGUCUGAGAACAUUAUGCUGGGUCAGCUGGCCCCGGCCGGCACCGGCUGCUUUGACUUGUUACUGGAUGCGGAGAAGUGUAAAUUUGGGAUGGAGAUUCCUACCAACAUUCCGGGACUGGGAGCCGCCGGACCGACUGGAAUGUUCUUUGGAACGGCCCCUAGCCCGAUGGGCGGAAUGUCCCCUGCUAUGACCCCGUGGAAUCAGGGAGCCACCCCAGCGUAUGGCGCAUGGUCCCCCAGUCUGGGGAGCGGUAUGACCCCUGGGGCAGCUGGUUUCUCUCCCAGUGCCGCGUCAGACGCCAGUGGCUUCAGCCCAGGGUACUCUCCAGCAUGGUCCCCCACGCCCGGUUCUCCUGGAUCCCCCGGACCGGCCAGUCCGUAUAUACCUUCUCCAGGUGGCGCCAUGUCUCCAAGCUACUCCCCAACAUCUCCUGCUUAUGAGCCUAGGAGCCCCGGUGGAUACACCCCGCAAAGCCCAAGCUAUUCCCCCACCUCUCCUUCUUACAGUCCUACUUCCCCCUCUUAUUCUCCUACAAGCCCUAACUAUAGCCCCACUUCUCCCAGCUACUCCCCCACAAGUCCCAGCUACUCCCCUACAUCUCCGAGCUAUUCUCCUACUUCUCCAAGUUAUUCACCCACCUCACCGAGCUACUCCCCGACGUCUCCCAGCUACUCGCCCACCUCGCCCAGCUACUCUCCCACUUCUCCCAGCUACUCCCCAACUUCACCCAGCUACUCGCCCACCUCGCCCAGCUACUCCCCAACUUCACCUAGUUAUUCCCCGACAUCUCCCAGCUACUCGCCAACUUCACCUAGUUACAGCCCUACUUCCCCCAGUUAUUCUCCAACCUCCCCAUCCUACAGCCCUACAUCUCCAUCCUACUCGCCUACGUCACCCAACUACUCGCCUUCAUCCCCCAACUAUACUCCUACGUCCCCCAGUUACUCGCCCACCUCUCCCAGUUACAGUCCAACCUCUCCCAGUUAUUCUCCCACAUCUCCCAACUACAGCCCUACCAGCCCCAGCUACUCUCCCACAUCCCCCAGUUACUCUCCUUCCAGCCCACGCUACACACCCCAGUCUCCCAGUUACACUCCCAGUUCGCCCAGUUACAGCCCAAGCUCCCCCAGCUAUUCCCCGACCAGCCCAAAAUAUACCCCGACCAGCCCCUCUUACAGCCCCAGCUCCCCCGAAUAUACGCCAACAUCGCCAAAGUACUCCCCUACAUCACCAAAAUACUCUCCUACGUCCCCCAAAUACUCUCCGACCUCCCCCACCUACUCUCCCACAACACCCAAGUAUUCCCCUACGUCUCCGACCUAUUCCCCCACCUCUCCUGUCUACACCCCGACCUCCCCGAAAUAUUCUCCGACGUCUCCGACUUACUCUCCGACCUCCCCGAAGUACUCACCGACGUCGCCCACCUACUCUCCUACCAGUCCCAAGGGCUCCACUUACUCUCCCACGUCUCCUGGAUACAGCCCGACGUCGCCCACCUACAGCCUUACGAGCCCGGCCAUCAGCCCCGACGACAGCGACGAGGAGAACUGAGGGCGCGGUCCGUGACGUUGGUGCGGGAGGAUGUUUCCAGGCCUGGAUAACAUCCAUUGGUGUAUAUAGUAUUUACCCCUCCUGGAAACGGGUGCCCCGGGCCCCUUCAGGGCAGCUUGGCGCUCUGUCGUGGGCGCCGUUGUGCUCGGACGGAGAGGCGUCCUGCGUUUUUACUGCUGAAACUUCUUACUGUGCAAAAGACACGAUCGUACUUAUUCCCUGGGAUUCCGAGCCGCGAAUACCCAGAAUUCCCCUCAGACGACCUGCGAUUCCAAAGGCCAGAAUUUUAAGUCUUCGGUUGUGUUUUGGAGCCAAACCUGUAACUCGCUUGAAUAUAAACAUUUUGGGGAGAGUUAUGGCAUUUUACUGUUUCGUUGGUUUUUUUUUUGUUUUUUUUUUGUCCUAAAAAGAUGGUUUCUGGAGAUGUCGUUAAUGACGUUACUAUGUAUUUUUGGUAACCGUCUGUAAAGUGACCCUCUGCUAUUUCUCAAUAAAUAAAUUAAUUUUG